CCACCCCAGUUAACACUUGCACCCCAUCACCGUGGUGGCACGGUAUUGUUCAAUUUCCCCAAGUUAGCAUGCCCUUCGUCAAGGUCUCUAAGAACAAGGCUUAUUUCAAGCGCUACCAAGUCAAGUACCGUCGUCGCCGUGAAGGCAAGACCGACUACCGCGCCCGCAAGCGUCUGAUCACGCAAGACAAGAACAAGUACAACUCGCCCAAGUACCGCCUUGUCGUGCGCAUCACCAACAAGCGCGUGAUCGCCCAAAUCGCGUACGCCGAAAUCGACGGCGACAAGAUCUUGACCUCUGCGUACUCUGAUGAACUCAAGCGCUACGGGUUGAAGGCUGGUUUCAAGAACUACGCCGCUGCGUACGCCACGGGUUUGUUGGUCGGCCGCCGCUUGUUGAACAAGCUCGGCUUGGACGGCGACUACGAAGGCAACACGGAAGUGGAUGGCACCGUCGUCAAGACCGAAGCCAACGGCCGCACGUACUACGUGGCCGAAGUCGCCGACGAGAAGCGCCCUUUCCGCGCGUUCUUGGACGUGGGUCUCCGCACGACGUCGACCGGUAACCGCGUGUUUGGUGCGUUGAAGGGCGCCACCGAUGCCGGUUUGGAUAUCCCCCACAGCGAAAAGCGUUUCCCCGGUUACGACCGCGACGCCAAGUCGUACGAUGCCGAUGUCCACAAGGAACGCAUCUUUGGCGAACACAUUGCCAACCACAUGAAGGAAUUGGAAGAAGAUGACCCGGAAAUGUUCCAAAAGCACUUUGCCCAUUACAUCAAGGCUGGCCUUGGCUCGGACGACAUUGAAGAAAUGUACACGGCCGUGCACGAAGCCAUCCGUGAAGACCCGACCCCUGCGCCCAAGAAGGCGUACACCCCGGACCUCAAGUUCAAGAACACCGCCAAGCGCAGUUUGCAACAACGCAAGGCCCGCGUCGUCCAAAAGAAGGCGCACCAUGCUAAGUUGGCCAAAGCCUAAACACGUUUUGGUUAACAACAACACGGGGAUUUGACAUCUUUGAAUCAA